AUGCUCCACCUGCGCUGUCGGCUCGCCGUUGGGCUCUUGGCCUGUGUCGCGCUUCUCCUUACCGCUCGUUUUCUCAUGGGAGCCCCCAAAGAGAAAUACGGCACUGUCAUCGCCAUCGACUUGGGGACGGCUUACUCUCGUGUCGCCGUGAUGAAAAAUGGCAAGAUGGAAAUACUCGCCAAUCAUCAGGGCAACCUCGUUACUCCUUCCUAUGUCGCGUUCACCAAAGAGGGGCGUCUGGUUGGCGACCCAGCCAAGAACCAAGCCGCCGCAAACCCAUUCAAUACCGUCUUUGGUGUCAAGCGUCUCAUCGGUCGCAAGUUCGACCAGGCAGACGUGCAGGCCGACAUCGAGCGCUUCCCGUUUACAAUUGUCUCCAAGAAUAAUAAUCCUGUAAUUCAGGUCGAGACCGACAAAGGAAAGAAACAAUUUACCCCUGAGGAGAUCUUGGGUAUGAUUCUUAUGGGGAUGAAGGAGAUUGCUGAAGGUCACCUCGGCAGCAAGGUCACCCACGCUGUGAUUACAGUUCCGGCCAACUUCAAUGAUAGCCAGCGGCAGGCUACCAAGAAAGCUGGUACAAUUGCCGGUCUAACCAUACUCCGAAUGAUCGACGAGCCUAUCGCUGCUGGCAUGGCUUAUAACCUAGACAUGGACGUAAUGGACGACGAACGUUAUAUUAUUGUCUAUGAUCUCGGUAAUAGCUUUGAUCUCUCGUUACUAUCUAUUGACGGUGGAUUUGUUGAAGUUCUUGCUACCACUAGUGAUCCUCACUUAGGUGGCGAAGAAUUCGACCAGCGCAUGAUCGACUUCUUUAUUGAUUCAUACAACAGCGAAAACAAUGUUGAUAUUGCGAAAGACUUUCAAGCCAUUGGAAGACUAAAGCGUGAGGUCGAGAGAGCCAAGUACAUCCUUUCUUCUCAGACAAGCACUCAUAUUGAGAUUGAGUCCUUCUUUGAGGGAAAGGAUUUCUCCAAAAAUUUGACCCGUGCUAAGCUUGAAGAGCUCAAUAUGGAUCUUUUCAAACAAACUAUUACCUGCAUAGAUCAAGUUCUCAGGGAAGCUAAUAUGAAGAAGUCUAACGUUCAUGACGUUAUGGUUAUUGGGGGCGCCUCCCAUAUUCCCAGAGUCCAGUCUCUUAUCGAAGACUUUUUUGACGGUAAUAAAGUCAAAGACCUUGAUCGCGACGGCGCUAUAGUGAUUGGAGCUGGCGAGCAAGCGGGAAUCAUGUCCGAUGGGCACUGGACCGUGCACCCUGUACUUACUGACUCUAGCCCUUUGACUCUGGGCAUUGAAACCGCUGGCGGUACAAUGUUCACAUUGAUUCCCCGCCACAGCCCUGUGCCUACUCGCAAGAGCCGUAUCUUCUCAACUACUGCCGAUAACCAAAGGGCGGUAGUAAUCAAGGUCUUUGAAGGCGAGCGUUCUAUGACAAGAGGAAACACGUUGCUCGGCACAUUCGAGCUCGCCGGUAUUCCUUUAGCUUCACGCGGUAUUCCAGAGAUUGAGGUCUCUUUUGAACUCACCCGAGCCAAUACUCUUCAAGUCUUUGCCGUCGAAAAGGGCACUGGGAAACAGAAAGCUAUCACCAUUCUCAGAAAGGGUCGUCUCCCCGAAGAGGAAAUUAAUCGGAUACUUAUUGAGGCGGCGAGUUACGCAGAUGAAGAUAAAGCCAGUCGUGAAAGAAUUGAUUGCGAUAAUCUUGGGGAUUUUUCUUCAAGUCUGAAGAGCUUGGACGGCAAGGGGGAUGGCAACUUUCACGACGAGCUGUAG